AUGGUAGUUGGAACUCGAAUGCUCAGGAGUACAGCAUUAAGACGCAUAGGAAAGUCUCUCGAAAACUUGCAUGUGUUUGGAAGGAAUAUUGGAAGACCUUACAUAACAGCAAGGAUCAUAUUAGGGAACCAGAAGAUCAACAAUGCAAAUGUUAAAAAAGGAGGCGAGCUGGAGGUCUCAAACUUCCUUUUUAAAGGUAAAAGAAAACAGAAUGCCAAAAAUACCAAGACUGCCAAUGCCAAGUAUGUAAUACUCGCUUCAAAAAAACAGAUGGAGCAAGAACGCCAUUCUUUGCCCGAAGCUGAGAUGCUCCCAAAGAAUGAGAACCUUGGUGGAUACAUCUUUAUGUGCAACAAUGACACAAUGGAGGAACACUUGCAGAGACAACUCUUCGGUUUGUCACGAAGAUGCAUUAAUUCUGUGAGGGCUAUAAAGCAUGGCUUACCUCUAUUUCUCUACAAUUACACCACUCAGCGACUGCAUGGUAUUUUUGAGGCAGAUGGUGUUGGGGAUGAUAACCUUGAUCCUACUGCUUGGAAAGAUGAAAAGUGCAAAGGUGAAUCAAGGUUCCCUGCUCAGGUGAGAAUCCGUAUAAGGAAACUUUGCAAGCCGCUAAAGAAAAAUGCUUUUGUGCACGUAUUGAAGUUUAAUGCAAAAAAGUUCCGUCUUGAGCUUUCGGAACAUGAGACUUCGGUUUUGAUUGGUCUGUUCGAACAAGCUAGCGUGUGA